GUCUUCCCUACCCUCCUCUCUCUCUCUCUCUCUCUCUCUCUCUUUCAUCAUUAUUGUUAUUAUUUUUGGUUUUUGUUUGUGACAAAGAAACGUGUUGGAUAAUAUUUCUGAAUCUUCCCAUGAUGUUCCUUCCACUCUGAAAAAUUCCUCUGACAUUCCUCUCCGAUCUCCAUAGCUUGUCUUUCCACACGCUGGAAGAUAUUUUCAUUCUCAAUGUUGGAUUCAAUGCCGUCAAUUUGAGUAGUCCUUGCUAGGUAGGUGAUUGUCAGAGGAGUUAUUACAAUUUCCAGUUUUGAGUAACACCCAUGAAGUGAAAAUAUUGAAAUUUGAAAUCUUUCAUUUUUAUUUAGUUUUGACGUUUGGGGUUGGGAGUGAUCCCUUUCAAGCUUCCAUUCAAAGCACUAUCCUUUUAUGGGAAGCUUCAAUAAAAGUUGAGAAUGGAGGUAGAUGGGUUUGGGUGGAAAGUGAAUUCUAAGCAAAGCUCAUAACUAACCACUUUCUUCUGUUCUAUUUCAAACUUCACUCUCCCAUCUUUCCCUUGUGGUGGGGGUUUUGCUUGCAGAAUGCAGAUUUUGUUGGCUCUCUGAUUGGUGUCAUUGUCGCACCAAUUGAGGCUUGUUUCCCGGAUCAAGUUUUGAGUGUUUUGUGUGUUGUAGGUGAAGUCAUUGUGUAAGGGAGGUGGUUCUAGUUGCUUUUGCUUAUAAAACCACUGUAGAUGGACCGAAGGAGUUGGCUUUGGCGUAGGAAGUCAUCUGAGAAAAGUCCAGGUGAAACGGAGAGUUCUGGUUCAGUGUCAUCUCUUUCAGAAAGAUACUCUGAUGAUCAGGUAUAUUCAACUCAAGCUGCUUUAUCUCCUGAAGUCACGUCUAAGGCUGAAUCAAAUGAAGAAGUUAGUACCCCCAAAAAAAGUAAAGAAGAAGUUGCGGAUGUGAAGAUUCUUACAGACAAAUUAGCUGCUGCUCUGCUGAAUAUUAGUGCCAAAGAAGACUUGGUAAAACAGCAUGCUAAGGUUGCAGAAGAAGCUGUCUCAGGCUGGGAGAAGGCUGAAAAUGAAGUGUCAUCUUUAAAACAACAGCUUGAUGCUUCAAGGCAGAAGAACUCAAUUCUCGAAGACCGAGUUGGUCAUCUUGAUGGGGCACUCAAAGAGUGUAUGAGACAGCUUCGACAAGCUAGAGAAGUUCAAGAGCAAAAGAUUGUUGAAGCUGUUGUGAAUAGUUCUCAUGACUGGGAAUCCAAAAAAUCUGAACUUGAGGGGAAAGUUGCUGAACUUGAGGCUCAACUUCAAACAGCUAAAGCAGAUGCUGCUGCAUCAAUUCGUUUUGAUCUUCACCACAGAUUAGAGGCUGUGCAGAAAGAGAAUUUGAGCCUUAAACAUGAGCUGCAAUCUCGACUAGAGGAACUAGAAUUCAGGAUAGUUGAGAGGGAUUUGAGUUCUCAAGCAGCUGAGACAGCUAGCAAGCAGCAUUUAGAGACUGUCAAGAAGGUUGCCAAGCUUGAGGCCGAGUGCCGUAGACUGAAAUCCAUGACUCGCAAAACAUUUUCUGUUAAUGAUCACAGGUCCGUGACUGCUUCUUCAGUUUAUGUUGAGUCCUUCACAGAUAGCAUGUCGGAUAGUGGAGAGAGGCUACUUGCAGUUGAAACUGAUAUGCAUAAAUUAGGUGGCUGGGAGAUGAAUGAAUGUGAGCCAAGCCGUUUUGAUUCUUGCUCAUCUUCUUUAGUUAUGGAACUUGAUCAAUUUAAGAAUGAAAAGGCUAAUGGAAAAAAUCAUAUGGUUCCUUCAACUGAUAUCAAUCUCAUGGAUGAUUUCCUUGAGAUGGAAAGGCUUGCUGCAUUGCCAGAGACUAAAAGUGGGAGCAAUUUUGUUAGGGGAGGAAUAGCAUCAGAUCAAUCUAAUGUUGGUCAGGCUACAAUGGGAGCUGAAGUUGAAGCUAUGAUUCAAAAGAAUACUGAAUUGGAGAAGAAGCUGGGGACAAUGGAAGCUAAAAUGAAAGCUAUGAUUCAAAAGAAUGCUGAUUUGGAGAAGAAGCUGGAGAAAAUGGAGGCAGGUAAACUUGAGGUAGACAUGGUUUUAACCAAGUACCAUUUGCAGCUUGAGACAUCAGAGAGCCAGAUAAGGGAAGCAGAGUUGAAGGUAACAGAGGUUCAAACUCAGUUAGCUCUUGCGAACAAAUCAAAUCAAGAAGCACGUGAAGAAUUAAAGGCAAACAUAGCAAAGAAGGAGAUAGUUGAGUCUACACUCAAACGUACUCAAACUGAGGUUGAAGAAUUGAUUUCAAAAAUCCGUUCUUUGGAGGAAGAGAUUCAGAAGGAGCGAGCUUUGUCUGCUGAGAAUUCAAUCAAAUAUGUAAAGUUGGAGGACGAGCUUUUGAAAAUGACGCACAAAGCUCAAGUUCAGCAAGACACCGUGAUCAAGCAUAGGGAAGUUGUUAAUCAUGAUUUGAAGUUAAAACAGGAGAAGGAACUUGCAUUGGCUGCUACUAGAUUUGCUGAGUGCCAAAAGACCAUUGCAUCUCUUGGACAGCAGUUAAAGUCCCUUGCAACUUUGGAAGACUUUCUACUUGACUCAGACAACCCUUCAACUGGUGAAGUCAGGAAAGAUCCUCAAAAUGGUGGUGAACAAUUGAAACUACAUCAUAGUGAUUUGCGCAUGCCCAAAAAAGAUUCUGGGUCACCCAUUUCGUUAAAGUCAUCAAUCACCAAUGAGAAAAGCAGUAAUGGCUUGAGUAAGUUCAUCCCUAGAAGUAAGAGUGUAAGCAGGAGAGGAGCUCAUUGAAAGGAAAGUGGAGAAAAUUAAUAUAAAGUUGAGUUGUAAAUUUGGGUUAUUCAUUUUUAUUUCAUGGAUUCAACGUGUAUGAAUCCAACGUUACUUAUUUACAUUACAUAUAUAGUAAUGCUUGAAGAAGUAAAAAUGUUCAAAGCAAA